UCCUUUCUCUUCCUCAUCGCCAAGACAAGAUGAAGCUGCUCGUGCUGGCUGCCUUGCUCUCAGUCGCUGCCGCAGAGGGCGAAGACAGCACGAAGGCGGUGUGGCAGUUCCGCAAGAUGAUCAAGUGCGUGCUCCCGGACAGCUGGCCUCUGCUGGAGUAUAACGACUACGGCUGCUUCUGCGGCCUGGGCGGAUACGGCACCCCCGUGGACGAGCUGGACAAGUGCUGCCAGACCCACGACAACUGCUACAGCCAGUCCAGGGAGAUGGCCGACUGCAGGUACCUCCUGGAUAACCCCUACACCGAGAUGUACUCCUACUCGUGCAAAGACGGCGAGAUCACCUGCAGCAGCAAGAACAACCCUUGCGAGCAGUUCAUCUGCAACUGUGACCGCACCGCUGCCAUCUGCUUUUCCAAGUCCGAAUACCACGAGGAGUACAAGGACCUGAACAAGAAGAAGUUCUGUCAGGCUUGAGCGUCGCCUCUGAGGGAAGAUCUGUCGCCUCCUGCCUUCCCUUCCCCGCAAUAAAGC